AUGACGAAAGGAAAAAAGAUAGAUAAUGAUGGUAUAGUACCAUCCACGAGACAAUCCAAAAAUUUGGGAAAGAAAUUAAAUUUAAUUUCUUGUACAAAAUUAUUUGCGCUGAGCGUGCUAUUUUUGAUAUGCCAAAAUUGUGACAAUAGCACCCAAAAUACAUCCUCAUAUCAAGAAUACCAACAUAAUGGUUUGGUUUUAGGAAAAAGCAGAAUAUUAUCAGAAUUGGAUAAAAAUGAAACUCAGACUACAGAUUAUAAAACAGAAAGCAAUGAAGAUUCUUCGGUUGAGAGUCCCAAUAGUCCAACGAAUAUAAAUGAGCUAACCUCUGACAUUUCGAUAUUAAAAACAGAUGAAGAAACCAAAGGGGAAGACGAAGAUAAAAAAAAAGAUGAUAAUGAUUCGACAUCCAUUGGAGAAGCAUCAUCUGCUAGAGAAACACCAUCAACUGACGAACAACCUUAUGCUGAUACUAUAUCUUCCAUUUUAAAUUUAAUAUUGGCUAAUGAAAAAAAAUCCUAUAACGAAAAAAAAACUACUAAUGAAAAAAAAUCGUCUAACGAACAAAAAACUUCUGAUCAACAAAAACCUUAUGAUUACCAAUCAUUCACCGACGAUGUUGAUAGCAUAUUAAAUGGUAUCAAAACAUGUUAUCAAGAGGCCGCCAAUAAAGUAAAAUCACCCGAGUUCCAAAGAGCAUGUAAAGAAUAUAUCGAUACCGCGAAAGAAUUAAUUGAAGAGCAUAAAAACUAUGCUUUCAGCUUUGUAGCUGAUAAUUUGAAUUCUUUGGGUAUUAAUCAAAUAUUUGAAGAUGAUAUCUUUAGUGGUUUUGCGACCCUUGGAAAAAUGGCGUUAAUAAAAACUAUGGUUGAUAAUUUGUUCAUUCCGGAUUUCUUAAAAAAUCAAUCACCAGUAGUUUUAUCUAUAGUUUAUUUUAUAUUAUUGUUUUUCACCAUAGGACAGAUUUCUGGUAUCAUCACAAAUAAUAAUAAUAAUAGAAGAAGAAGAAUAAGAAAAACAAAUCCGAAUGCAUCUAAAACGGAGUAUAAAGCUCAACCUCUAUGA